CAUGGCUGCCGCAAGAGGCGUCUGCCUCCUUCUUGUGCUGACGGCUCCCCUCUGCUCUUCCCGAUCUCGGCACCUUCCUGCAGCUGCCCUGGAGGACAACGGCGGGAGUGGAGAAGGGGAGGGGGCUCCCUCCAUCCCACCCCCUGUGAGCGUCACGUUAGGGGUGAGCCCUACGUCAGAUGACAUCCUUGUGACCUCGGUGAACGAGACGUCGGCCACCCUCAACUUAUUGGACGGGAUCGUGGAUUUCUUCCGAGAGUACAUGCUGUUGAUCAUUGUGGUCGGCUCUUUGGUCUUCCUCUUCCUCUUCAUCAUCUGUGCCGCCGUCAUCGUCCGACAGAAGCACAAGGCCUCGGCGUACUACCCGUCGUCUUUCCCGAAGAAGAAGUACGUGGACCAGAACGACAAGUCUGGGGGAGGCAAAGCUUUCAGCGAAGUCCCUGAGAAGGUUGGCGAUUCCCGCCAGGAAGAGCCUGUCGAUUCCACCAAACAACUGCAAGCGGACAUCUUAGCAGCGGCCCAAAACCUCAAAUCCCCAACCAAGGCCGUCACACCAAAUGGAGAGAGCACCAAAGUAGAGGAGAAACCGACCAAGGAGAAAGAGGAAGAUGCUCAAGUCCCAGAGGCUGACAGAAAAGAAGAGGAGGCAACUACCAAAGUCCAGGAGAGUCCACCAGAGAAGGCGGAACUUCCUGCAGAGACUUUAGCUAACCACAACCCGGCAGAUGCUGAAGUCAGGGGUGGAGAUGUGCCCCCCACUGUGGGCAGUCAACAGGUGGAGGAAACCACGCCAGCUUCUUUUGAGGAAUCGGCCGGGACUGACUAUUCCACCGCAGACGCCUCAGCAAAUCUGGAGUCUUGUUUUGACGCUUGUGAUGCCGGCAGCUCAGGAGACUAA